AUGGUUGCAGUUGUGUCUUCUAUACUCAUGGGAGUGAUGGGCUCUGAUUUCUUGACGUCGAAAAAGAUAUUUCCUGCAGAUGUUGUAUCUCUGUUCGUUGAAAAGGAACUCUCUGCAACUGAAAUCCUAAACCCCUUCACUGUAAUCUCUUAAGCAAUGAGCCCCAACGAUUCACCUAUUCAAAUCCAUGAACAUGAACAGCCUCAACUCUACAAUCCUGAAUCAACGGGCUCCAACAGUGGCGAUAACCGGGGCGAGAAGCGAAAGCGAGAGGAGACAGCGCAAUCAGAAAUGGAAGAAAAAGUUGACCCUUCACUUAAUCCGUACUGUAAAACCUCCCUCUGUUCGUAUUUCAGGCGGCGCUUGGGAUCCUGCUGCCACGGCAUUAAGUGCAGGUACGCGCACGGCGAGGAGGAGCUCCGUCCGCGGCCUGAUAACACUUGGGACCCAACCUCCGAGCGGGCGAAAAAAGCGAUGAAAUUGGAGGAUAAUGGUGAUAAAUGUGAGGAGAGGAAAGCGGAGGAGGUUAUGAUGACUGAAUGGCUUGUCGAUGUUGGUGAGGGUGGUGAAGGUGAGUGUUUGGAUCCAGGGCUUAGUAAGUGCUUGGUACAUCUACCCAGGAAGUGGACUUCGGAUAACCUGAGGAGCUUUCUCAAUGAGCAAGGUGUUUUCUUCAAAAUGGCAAAGAAAAAGAAAGGCAUGGUUGUAGGUUUUGUGACUUUUGACACAGCUGACCAAUUGAAAAUAGCAAGUGAGGAGCUGGAAAGAAGAACUAUUGGCAACAAGAAAAUGAAGGUUGCUGAUGUGGUCCUCCGAUCACAUGACAAGAAAAUAAAAUCUGCCAUGGCCGGUGACAUUGACAAUUCAAGUUCCAAGGCAAAAAGUGCCCGUGAUAUAGUGACUCCCCUUGCUCAUAUGCCAUAUGAAGAGCAGUUGGAGCACAAGAAGAACUCUAUUAUGCAAAUGCUAAAAAAACUGGCUAGAAAUGCACGUAAAGCAUGUCCAAAUGGCAUUUCUUUGCCUGAAUGGGUUCUCAAGUCCAGGGAAAUAGGUGGUCUUGCCUGCAAACUUGAGGGUAUACUGGAAUCACCACUUGUGAAUGGUUACUGUAAUAAAUGCAAGUUUUCAGUGGGAUACUCUCUUGAGGGAAAACCUAUUGUUGGGUUUAUGCUAGGAAAUUUUAGAGAUGGGGUGACAGCUGUAGAAGAACCUGUUGACUGCCCAAAUGUUUCUAGUAUUGCUUGCGUGUAUGCUUCCAUUUUUCAGGAAUUUUUGCAACAAUCAGGCUUGCUAAUUUGGAACAGAUUUAAGAAUACUGGAUUCUGGCGUCAAUUAACGGUCCGAGAAGGAAGAUUAUCAGAGAAAGAUGCUGAUGUUGAAAACCCUGAAGUCUUAUCAGAGGUCAUGCUUAUUGUUCAGGUUUGCUCCACUGGCUUUGAAGAUGAAGAAAUGAACGGUGAACUUGCAAAGUUGGCUGUUGAAUUUGCUUUUGAAGCUGAAGCAAAUUAUUUGCCUUUCACGGUUUUGGUUCCUCAGGAUUACCAAGGAAUAUCAAGUGUUGCGCCAGCGGAUGCUCCAUUGCGUGUUUUUUUCUGUUUAAGACGUGAAAGUAGCUCUGAAGUGGAGACAGCCAAGAACAUGGUCGAAGGAAGAAUUCAUGAUCAUAUAAGCAAUCUUCGUUUCUCCAUAUCACCAACAGCAUUUUUCCAAGUUAACACACUAGCUGCAGAGAAACUGUAUUCACUUGCUGGAGAUUGGGCUGGUUUGGGUCCUGACACCUUGCUGUUAGAUGUAUGCUGUUGAACUGGAACAAUUAGGCUCACUUUAGCACAUCGAGUUGGGAUGGUUGUUGGAAUUGAAAUGAAUGCUUCUGCAGUUUCAGAUGCUCACUAGAAUGCUGAAAUUAAUGGCAUAAAAAACUGUAGAUUUGUUUGUGGAAAGGCAGAGAAUGUGAUGGCAUCUUUAUUGAAGGAGUACUUAAAUGGGCCUCAGAGACAAGAUGAGCCAAAUUCUUGUGAAAGUAAUAACAAUGACCUUACUACAGACAAAAAUAAAGGUACUCUUGUGGAUAAUGUGCUAGACGAUAAUGAUAACUCAAGCCAUAAGCUUGAUGAUUGUAAAGGUGCUUCUGGCUGUCCAGAAAAUGGUGGACAAGAACACCAAAGCAAACUUCAGAAGAGUUGUUCCUCAGAAGAUGGCAGUUCAUCCAUCCCACAAUUUAAAAAUAUUGUUGCUAUUGUUGAUCCUCCCUGUAGCGGACUUUAUCCCAUUUUGAUCAAAGUUCUGAGAACUCAUUCGCAUCUACGUCGACUUGUUUAUAUUUCCUCUAAUCCUGAAACCUUAGUUGCAAAUGCUAUUGAGUUGUGCACACCAUCACCUGAGAAAAUAGAGAAAGGGAAUAUGAAUAACUGGGCAUGGAGGAACAUGAGCAGUGCUGGCUUGGCACGCCACAAAGCCAAGUCUAUGCCCAUUUCAGAGCCUUUCCAACCUGUAAAAGCCAUGGCUGUUGACCUUUUCCCACAUACUGCACAGUGUGAAAUGGUGAUGCUCCUGGAGAGGUAAAAAAACCCAUUUGCACAUCAUAUAAUUUAUUCCAUAGCAAAGAAUGGAUGAAAGCUCGGUUGUGUUGAAAUUUUGAUAGAUAGCUUCAAUCUGUUUGAUUUCUUGUUUAGCACAUUCGCGACUGAUUGUUGUAAUUAAUUUCAAUUAGAAUGACAAACUUUUGUGUGCCUGAAGAAUUCCCAAUUAGAUAGGGAAAGCAAUGACUGAAAUUAAAUUUCAAUUGUCAUUUA